CCUCGUUGUCUUUUGCUCACCACCUGAAGCGAACCCGAGAGAGAAACUCACUUCUCAGCGCCGGGAGCAGUCUAGUUUUUCAACGACAAACCAUGGGUAAGGUUCAUGGAUCUUUGGCUCGUGCCGGUAAGGUCAGAGGGCAAACCCCCAAAGUUGCGAAGCAGGAUAAGAAGAAGAAGCCACGCGGCCGCGCCCACAAGCGGAUGCAGUACAACCGCCGCUUCGUCACCACAGUUGUUGGAUUUGGAAAGAAGAGGGGACCCAACUCAUCCGAGAAGUAAAUCUGAAGUGAUUAGGAAUUAUGUAGGGGAAGAAGAGUGUUGGAAACUCAAAUGGAUUUUUAAGUUGUUUUUGUCAUCUGAUACUGAUUUAUCUACUUGUCUUAAGUGUUGUUGAACUAUGUUCGAGGAUUAUAUAAUGUGAUUUUGUUUUCAUUGCAGUAAAUGUGUGGCAUUUUU